AUGCAGAUGUUGGAGAUGAUGAUGAACGGCACCAUGAACAUGGACAUGAUGCGAAUGUAUUUCCACUUCUCGAGCAAUGUCCCGCACCUACUGUUCAGGACGUGGACCGUGCAGACGGACGCAGGGUUGGUGGGAGCGAUAGUAUUCAGUUUUGCACUGGGUGUCCUCUAUGAAGGAUUCAAGACAGCCAAAGACAUAAUAACAAAGAGAGCACAAACGUUUGACCUCCCACCACGUCAUCACAGCCUGUCAGAGAGUGGGAGUGAUCUACACACUUUCAUUCCACACAGGAGAGUCAAGCUGUGGCUGAUGCGAGUACUUCUGUCGGUACUGAGAACGGUGGAGAUUGGGAUGGCGUAUAUCCUCAUGCUACUGGCCAUGACCUACAACGGGUGGAUAUUUCUAAGUGUCUGUUUCGGAGCCGGAGCUGGUUUCUUUGUCUUCCUCCCUCUCCGACCGUCCUCGAGCUCAGACGACCACUGCGGAUGAUGUUAUAUCAGACACAGACACCAGUCGUUGCAUGUGUGUGCAUGUGUGGUCUUUUUAGUGCACAGAUAAAAUUUAUUCCGGUAUUAUCUACU